CCUGUGCUUGUCGAGCGUCGUCGGACGAAGCGCGGGGGGCGAGGGGGCGUCCGGGAAGGCGGAGGGGGCCUCACGAGACCCCUCCCCGCGUCCCGAGCCGCGGCGCUGAAUCACCGGCGAGGUUUCUGCAGACACGUGAAUGAGCCACCCGCCAGCCGCCACCCCCCAGUGCCCGCUGUGAGAAGGAGGCGUCGCCUGCCUGCCGCUGGCAUGCCCCGCCAGCCCUGAGCCUGAGCCCGGCGGCCCCCGCCCCUGCCCCCCCGCCACCCUGCACUGCCCCGGCUCCCCCGCGGCCCCCACACUGCAGUGCGGCCGGGCCCCCUCCCCCCAGGGGCCGCCCCCGCCGCCGCCCCGCCCUGGUGCCCGGGGCGGCCCGGCCCGCAGGGCCAUGAAGCUGCAGGCCGUGAUGGAGACGCUCCUGCAGCGGCAGCAGCGGGCACGCCAGGAGCUGGAGGCCCGGCAGCCACCGCCGCCACCCCCCGAGCCCUCGGCUGGCCCCGCGGCCCGUGCCAGGGCCGCCCCGGACGAGGACAGGGAGCCUGAGAGCGCCCGGAUGCAGCGGGCGCAGAUGGCCGCGCUGGCCGCCAUGCGAGCCGCCGCCGCCGGCCUCGGCCACGCGCCCAGCCCUGGCAGCUCCGAGGAUGGGCCCCCCGGCUCGGAGGACGAGGACGUGGCUGCAGAGGGGGCACCAGGGUCUCCCCCCGCACCCGGCCGAGGCAGGGAGGCGACUGGCCUCCCCGAAGGUGACGGCCACUUCGAGGGCUCCGACGAUGACCUGAAGCCGAAAUGGGAGGAGGAGGAGGAGGAGGAGCUGGAGGACGACCUGGGGGACGAGGAGGACGACGAGGAGGACGAGGACUACGAGGACGAGGAGGGGCUCGGGCCCCCGGGCUCCACCGGCCUGGGCCCCGCAGCCCUGUUCCCGCGCAAGGCCCAGCCGCUCCAGGCCUUCCGCGGCGACGGCGGGCCCCGGGCUCUGGGCGGCCAGGAGCGCCCGGGGGCUGGCCCGGCCCUCCCCGGAGGGGCUGCCCCCGCGGUGCCCCAGCUGCAGCCGCCAGACCACGGGGAGUGGACGUAUGAGGAGCAGUUCAAGCAGGGGCGGCAAGCAUGCCCCCAGGGCUGGGAUGGGGGCCAUCAACCUUCACUGUUUAUUGAGCACCUGCUGUAUGCCAGGCUGGGCGCCGGGGGACCCCAUGUGAGCAGGACAGCAGGGACGCCCGUGAACCGCAUCCCCAUCAUGGCCAAGCAGGUGCUCGACCUGUUCAUGCUGUACGUGCUGGUAACGGAGAAGGGCGGCCUGGUGGAGGUCAUCAACAAGAAGCUGUGGCGGGAGAUCACCAAGGGCCUCAACCUGCCCACGUCCAUCACCAGUGCCGCCUUCACACUGCGCACCCAGUACAUGAAGUACCUGUACCCCUACGAGUGUGAGAAGCGUGGCCUCAGCAACCCCAAUGAGCUCCAGGCGGCCAUCGACAGCAACCGGAGGGAGGGCCGGCGCCAGAGCUUUGGGGGCUCCCUCUUCGCCUACUCACCGGGCGGGGCCCACAGCAUGCUCUCCUCGCCCAAGCUCCCUGUGUCCUCCCUGGGCCUGGCCGCCAGCACCAACGGCAGCUCCAUCACCCCAGCCCCCAAGAUCAAGAAAGAGGAGGACUCGGCCAUCCCCAUCACGGUCCCCGGCCGCCUGCCAGUCUCCCUGGCGGGUCACCCUGUGGUGGCAGCCCAGGCAGUAGCGGCCCAGGCGGCCGUGGCGGCACAGGCAGCCGCCCUGGAGCAGCUCCGGGAGAAGCUGGAGUCUGGGGAGCCUCCUGAGAAGAAGAUGGCCCUGGUGGCAGAGGAACAGCAGAGGCUCAUGCAGCGAGCGCUACAGCAGAACUUUCUGGCCAUGACGGCCCAGCUGCCUAUGAGCAUCCGGAUCAACAGCCAAGGCUCCGAGAGCCGCCAGGACUCGGCUGCGAACCUGACCAACACCAAUGGCAGCAACAGUAUUAGCAUGUCAGUAGAGAUUAAUGGAAUCAUGUACACAGGAGUGCUGUUCGCCCAGCCGCCGGCCCCCACGCCACCCUUGGCUCCCAGCAAAGGCGGAGGUGGCAGCAGCCGGGGAGCAAACAGCGGGACCAGCAGCAGCGCGGGCAGCCAGGCGGGGCCAGCAGGGUUGUCUGCACCCCCCGCAUCUUCUACCUCAAAUAACUCAUUGCCUUAACCGCUACACUCCUCACCCUGGGAGCCCACCGGACGGGGCAGGGGGUCCAGGUGGGCCAAGCAGGGGCCGGGAUGGCGGGAGAUACGGGUGGGGAGGGGAGGUAUCCACAAAGGAGCGACAGCUAACGCCAAAAAGAAAAGAAAAUAUAUAUAUACAUAUAUAUAUAUAUAUAUAUAUA